CAAAAGCCGCAAAACAUAUUCAUAGUAAGCUUUCCUGCUAAUACAAACUUACACAAAAGAUUGAAACAUAGAAAAUUAAAAUGGAUUCUUAUUCAUAUGCAUCUAUUUCUUCUUCUUCUAAUGCUUCUUCCUCUAGUUCUAUUCCAUAUUCCACAUAUCCACAAGAAGUAAAGAAAAACAAACCAUUACCUUCAUAUCAUUCCUCACUUCAUGGAGUUCGUAGGCUCCCAUUAAAACCUAUGACCAAACAACCAAUUGCACCAUUGCCACCGACACGUCCUAAAAUUUACCGAGUAGAACCUGUUAAUUUCAAGGAAGUCGUCCAAAUGUUGACUGCUGCACCUGAGUUUCAAUCCAGAUCCGAUUCUAGCUCUGGUUCUGAUUUUGGUUCUGGCUCUGGCUUUGGCUCUGGCUCUAGUUCUAGUGCCAGCUCGAGGCGUUUACAAGAUGUGGCUCCUCCUCCACUUGAUCUCUCACCAGUUUCAUUACCAAGAAAUAGCAUUGCUGCAGAAUGGCGAGAGUUCCUUCGUCCUUCUUACUCUUCAAACAACCAAGUUGAAUCAAUUAGCGCGGCAUGUAAUGACUCAACAAAUGAAGCACAAGAAAGAUCACAUCUAAUAACGUCGCGAAUUCCAUCGGAGAAUUAUUUUGGAUCAUGCAGUCCGCUGGCUAAUUUCCCUUUAUCGCCUGCUUCUUUUGCAUGGUGCUCUUCUCUUCUUCUCAGCCCUAGCACUCUUACUUCACCAUGCGCCGUUCUUUAACUCAUUUGCCAUUGCUUCUUCUACUCAUUCGAGAGUUUGUAACUUAUUAUUGCCUGUUGUUUAUUAGUGCUACUAUUUGCUUGUGGGUGAUCAAGAAUUUGAAUUUGAAUGUCUAGAAAGAGAUAUCACAAUUCAAAUAUUUGAAGCUGCUUUUGUACCUUUUUUUUUUUUGCUUUUAUUUCAAUUGUAUGCUAUGUUGCUCGGACUCUCCGAAAAUGUUGUGGGGUGCGUGUUGGAUUCUUCAAAAGCAGUGUAUUUUUGGAGAAUCCAACACGGGUACGGUAGUAUUUUGGAGAGUCUGCGCAACAUAGAUUGUAUGUCUAGAAGUUAAAAGAAGAGAUUUGUUUUACUUA